AGAUUGGCCGUACCGCGCAGGCCAAGGAGUGGGGGCAGACGAAGGGGCGCUGGCCACGCAAGUCGGUUGUGGCGAUGCUCUCACUGCUGAAGAACGCUGAGGCAAACGCCAUUGAGAAGGGUCUUGACCCCAACAAGAUGGUCAUCAAGCACGUGCAGGUGGAUGAGGCUGCCCGUAUGCGCCGCCGCACGUACCGUGCCCACGGCCGUAUCACGCCGUACAUGUGCAGUCCGUGCCAUGUGCAGCUCUUCAUGACACAGCCCCAGGAGCGCGUCCCUGUACCAAAGAGCCAGCCGAAGAAGUAG